GAUAGUCGUGAGUGCGGACGGACGCGUACUGCUGGCUCGUCAGUCGGAUUUCAAGAUCAAGUAUUUGUUGUUUAUAUUUGUACCGAGCAUCAUUUCUUAAAAUAUCAUAAAACUUGACCGGGAACGGAAGCUGACCACAACCCAGUAAAAAGCUGAGGGGUUUUAUCGUUUUCCAUCGAAACGCUACAGUCACAAGUUUUGAACUUCCCGGGCGCAUUCGGGCGUUCGUUCUGUAAAGUUUCUCAAGGGUGGAUAUACAUUUGGUCGUGUUUUAAAAUUGUGUACAGUGAAAGUAAAACGUAGUUUUAAGGAAAACAAAGUGUAUCGAUUAUUUUAAAAAGCAGUGCUAGCUUAAGAAAUCGAGUGCACCCCGGAGCAAACAGCAUAGAAGAAGGCUUCGGGAGCGUGUUUUCAUGCAACGCGCUUGUGUAUGUGUGCGUGUGUGAGUGUGUAACGUAGUUCUUCUACAAUUUACUGUGAGUGUGUGAGUGUGAGUGUGUGUAAUUAUUGUCAUCGCGAAACUGAAAAUCGCUAACCGAAAAGAAGCAAUCAUUAAACAACUGUGAACCAUAGCACCGGAAUACGGCAUCGUAUUACUAGCUCGCGGACGGUUCGAGGAAAUCAAAACAUGGCACUAGAGGAGACCCAAAACAAUGGGUCCGCCGUGGGGGUAGCGCCCAAGGAAAAUGCUCCACCAGCAGCACUCAAACAACAGCCACCGCAAGGUCAAGCGCAGGUACAACCGUCGACAUCGAACGAAAAGCUGAACAACAUCGUCAACGGUGGUGGCGCCACGAUGGAAAAGUCACGAUCCAACAACAAACAGAACGACACAAACACAGCGUUCCUACGGGCAGCUAGGGCAGGAGAUCUUCAGAAGCUGAUAGAGUACCUCGAAACUGGUCAGGUGACCGACAUCAACACGUGCAAUACGAAUGGUCUCAACGCGCUGCAUCUUGCCGCAAAAGAUGGCCACUACGACAUCGUUAACGAACUACUGAAACGCGGUGCACUCGUCGAUAAUGCCACUAAGAAGGGCAACACAGCGCUGCACAUCGCGUCACUGGCUGGCCAAAAGGAGAUCAUUCAGCUGCUCCUGCAAUAUAACGCAUCGGUUAACGUGCAGUCUCAAAAUGGAUUCACGCCGCUCUACAUGGCCGCACAGGAAAACCAUGAUGAGUGUGUAAAUUAUCUGCUUGCAAAGGGCGCUAAUCCUGCGUUGGCUACAGAGGACGGCUUUACGCCAUUGGCAGUGGCGAUGCAGCAAGGUCAUGACAAAGUAGUAGCCGUACUGCUUGAAAGCGAUACGCGCGGCAAGGUUCGAUUACCAGCACUACAUAUAGCGGCCAAGAAGGAUGAUGUCAAGGCGGCAAAACUUUUGCUGGAGAAUGAGCACAAUCCAGAUGUAUCGUCCAAGAGUGGCUUUACUCCGCUGCAUAUUGCUGCACACUACGGAAAUGUAAAUGUCGCUCAAUUGCUGAUUGAGAAAGGUGCCGACGUAAACUUUACCGCAAAGCACAACAUCACACCGCUGCACGUGGCGUGCAAGUGGGGAAAGCUGAACAUGGUGAAGCUCUUGAUCGCAAACCAUGGUCGUAUCGACAGUAUCACUCGCGACGGUCUUACUCCGCUGCACUGUGCAGCUCGCUCAGGUCACGAUCAAGUAAUAGAAGUGUUGCUAGAACAUGGUGCGGAGAUAAUUUCCAAGACCAAAAACGGACUUGCCCCACUGCACAUGGCGGCUCAGGGCGAGCACGUGAGCGCUGCGCGCAUUUUACUAAUGAACAAAUCGCCAGUUGACGACAUUACGAUUGACUAUUUAACCGCUCUGCACGUCGCCGCCCACUGUGGACAUGUAAAAGUGGCAAAGUUGCUACUUGAUCGAAGUGCCGAUCCCAAUGCGCGUGCACUGAACGGCUUUACACCGUUACACAUUGCGUGCAAGAAGAAUCGGAUUAAGGUAGUGGAGCUGUUGCUAAACCAUGGUGCCACAAUUGGAGCUACUACGGAGAGCGGUCUAACGCCGCUACAUGUGGCUAGCUUCAUGGGAUGCAUGAACAUCGUCAUCUAUCUUCUGCAGCACGAUGCCAGUCCGGACAUUCCGACUGUGCGGGGUGAAACACCACUUCAUCUGGCAGCACGUGCCAAGCAGACAGACAUCAUUCGUAUCCUGCUGCGAAACGGCGCGUACGUUAAUGCGCAAGCACGUGAAGAUCAGACACCGCUACAUGUCGCAUCUCGAAUCGGUAACAUGGAAAUAGUGAUGCUGCUUCUGCAACAUGGUGCAAAGAUCGAUGCCGUCACGAAGGACAAUUACACGCCAUUGCACAUAGCGGCAAAGGAGGGCCAAGAUGAAGUGGCUUCCUUAUUGUUGGACAAUGAAGCUAACGUAGAAGCGGUCACGAAAAAGGGCUUCACACCACUGCAUUUGGCCGCGAAGUACGGCAAUUUAAAGUGCGCUGAAUUGCUUCUUGAACGAGGCGCUCAGGUGGAUGUACAGGGCAAGAAUGGUGUGACCCCAUUGCACGUUGCUAGUCACUACGAUCAUCAGAAAGUAGCACUUCUGCUGCUAGAGAAAGGUGCAUCACCGUAUUCGCCAGCCAAGAACGGCCAUACGCCGCUACACAUUGCAUCAAAGAAAAAUCAGCUGAAUAUCGCCACAACGCUGCUUGAAUACAAGGCGGAUGCUAACGCAGAAAGCAAAACUGGUUUCACACCCCUGCACCUAUCAGCCCAGGAAGGUCACGGUGACAUGGCUCGUACCCUUUUGAACAACGGGGCCGAUCCUAACCAUGCGGCCAAGAAUGGGCUGACACCGUUACAUCUGUGCGCACAGGAAGACAAUGUGGGCAUCGCUGAAACGCUACUGGAACACAAGGCUCGCAUUGAUCCGGUGACAAAGACAGGCUUUACUCCGCUUCACGUGGCCGCUCAUUUUGGUCAAGCCGGAAUGGUGAAAUAUUUGAUCGAAAAUGACGCAAACAUCGAGAUGAAGACCAACAUCGGUCAUACCCCGCUGCAUCAGGCUGCUCAGCAAGGACACACGCUCAUCAUCAACAUUCUGCUGAAAAACAAAGCCAAUCCGGAAGCGGUGACUAACGGUGGCCAGACAGCGCUAUCGAUCGCAGACAAACUGGGCUACAUCACCGUGGUGGAGACGCUUAAAGUAGUGACCGAAACAAGCGUCACGCAGACGGUUGAUGAAAAGUUUAAAAUCGUUGGACCAGAAACUAUCCACGAAACGUUCCUGUCGGACUCCGAAGAUGAGGGGCCCGAAGGAGGCACGCCACCCCCACCUAGUGCUAUGAAAGCCCUAAUGCAAGCGCAGCAAUUGUAUGGCGGUAGUGGUGCUAUCAAGUACUAUCAAUCGCAAAUGCGUUACACACGUGAAGAUCCUAUCAUGUCCGACCAGCAGCAGUACAACUACAUGACAAGCGACGAGAACAAACAGUUUGACGACACAAAUCUCACCAACAUGAGCAUCGAUCCAUUGAAGGAUGAUAAAUAUUUGGAAAAAAUCAUCUCCCGUGCAGAGAACUACACCGUUUCGGCCACCGAUCGGUCCCACACGCCAAAUCCGCUGGACAUCACCGUGACUGAUAAUGUAAACAUCACUCGAAAGCCGAUCCACGUUGGGUCGCUCAGCAAUGACGCACUGUCGUUGACCAUUGAUCGAUUGGCCAACAUUUAUUGUGGUGAUCAGAAAAAGUUUGUCCCGAUGUGUAGGGAAAGAUUCCUGGUGUCGUUCCUGGUAGACGCGCGUGGCGGCGCCAUGCGUGGUUGCCGCCACAGCGGUGUUCGUGUGAUUGUACCACCCCGGUCAGCUGCACAACCAACAAGAAUUACCUGUCGGUAUGUGAAACCACAACGCAUCACCAACGGUCCGCCACUAAUGGAAGGAGAGGCUCUGAUAAGCCGCAUUCUCGAGCUAGCCCCUGUUGGGGCCAAGUUCCUUGGUCCCGUCAUACUCGAGGUGCCACAUUUUGCGUCGCUGCGCGAUAAGGAACGCGAAAUAAUUAUUCUACGUUCGGAUAAUGGUGAAACAUGGCGCGAACAUACGCUCUACGAUAGCGAAGAAGCCAUCCACGAGGUCCUGAACGAGACAUUCAAGGGCGAUACACUCAACUUGCUCGAGGAUCUGCACACGAAUAGGAUUACACGCAUCGUGACCAACGAUUUCCCACACUACUUUGCGAUCGUGUCGCGCAUCCGCCAGGAAGUGCACGCCAUUGGACCGGAAGGCGGUACCGUGUCGGCUACGGCUGUCCCACAGGUGCAGGCGAUUUUCCCCCAGAAUGCGCUGACGAAGAAAAUCCGUGUCGGUCUGCAGGCCCAACCGAUUGACAUGAGCACAACGGCCAACUUGCUCGGUCGCAGUGUGGCGGUUUCACCGGUCGUGACAGUGGAACCGCGUCGGCGCAAGUUCCACAAGGCAAUUACGCUCAGUAUGCCCGCACCGAAGGCGUACAACUCGGGUAUGAUCAACCAAUAUUCGGGCAAUGCGCCGACAUUGCGUUUGCUCUGCUCGAUCACGGGCGGUCAAAACAAAGCUGUAUGGGAAGAUGUAACCGGUUCAACGCCGCUCACAUUCGUGAACGACUGUGUCUCGUUCACGACGACAGUGUCCGCUCGCUUCUGGCUAAUGGAUUGCCGAAACAUUGGUGAAGCAACAAAAAUGGCCACCGAAUUGUACUCGCAGAUGGCACACGUGCCUUUCAUGGUGAAGUUCGUGGUGUUUGCGAAGCGUGUAGACCAAAGCGAGGCAAAAUUAAGCGUGUUCUGUAUGACGGACGACAAGGAGGACAAAACGCUGGAGCACCAAGAGCACUUCACCGAGAUUGCCAAGUCGCGGGAUAUCGAGGUAUGCGAAGGACGCACAAUCUAUCUGGAAUUCGCUGGCAACAUCGUUCCGGUGAUGAAAUCCGGAGAGCAGCUUGCACUGCAGUUCAAUGCAUUUAAGGAAAACCGUCUCACGUUCACGGUCAAGAUCAAAAACAAUCUGGACGAUCUGCUUGGACGCAUCUCGUUCAUGAACGAGCCAAAAGUUGCGAAGGGCGAACCAAUUCAAACGCCGCUCUGCACUCUAAACUUCACACUCCCAUCCGAAAAGUUUGGUCUGGGAGGGGACGAACUCGAGACGACGUCUGAGUUUGAUCAGAGCUCGACCGAAGUUCUCAACAGCGAACAGCAGGCCAUCGUUGCUGCAGCCAAUCGUGGUAAAACGCUUAACUUCACGUUCCAAAAUGGAGAUGGUGCAAAUGAAAUACACAAGGCGGAUAUAAAGAUUACAGACAUCUGCAAUCUACUCGGAUCCGAUUGGCCACUGUUGGCGGAUGAGCUUGCAAUCGCCCCGUCCGACGUGGAGCUGAUACGAGCGGAGUAUCCGAACGACGAAGCUCAGCAGGCAAUCGUGAUGUUGCGGCUCUGGUUGCGCCAGGCCGGACGGGAUGCAACCGGUAAUGUGCUAGAGCAGGCCCUUAUCAAAAUCAAUCGGCCGGACAUUGUGAACAAAUCGAUUACAAAUUUGGAACCGGUGACGGACGAGUACGAGCGACGUGUAGCUCAGCGGCAAAUCGGUUCGAUGAACGGACUCGAUGAAAUCGAUCCAGCAAAAGUGAACGGUGUGACUACAACUAGCAAUAUGAUGCACGAAUCUGAACACGAGCAGACGGAAGAAAAGCAAGAACACGAAGCAGUCGAAAAACACAAACAAACCCCAGUGGACAACAGUUCACCAACUGAUUCCGUAUCCCCAGACAAUACGGAAGCGUUCCAGCAGAUUCGUCGCGAGAGCGAAAUCCUCGGAAUAGCAGCGAUCAAAAGGGAAGAUCUUUCCACACCCCCGCCCAGUCCGGCCGAUUUCAAUACGCAAGUCAGUCAGAACAGCAGCCAGGCGGGCACCGAAGCAGGACGAAAUGACGCAGUAGCCGAGGAUGUGCAAGAAAUUAUUCAGCAAGCCAUCAAAGAUCAUGACACGCAUGACGAUGACGAAGAGGAACCCGGUCCGGUGGCGGUGGAAACAGCUGGCAGCGAUUCGGCAGUCAGCGAUCGUGACGAAGAUUCCGAAGGAUUUGAGCUCGAUCUAGAGACGGACAAAAGUGGUAAAGUGAAAACGAUUAAAAAACAUUCGAAGGUGAACAUUAAAAUCAAUAAAACCGUUGCCCAACGUCCUACGGUCGGGGACAUUGAGUGGGAAGUGCCGGAACCGGAUGCACGGCACCCUCAGAUCGAGAUAUCGUCCGUCAAUUUGGAGGACGUUUCAAACGAUCGGCGGUACAGUUUGGAUCACAUUGAUCCCGUCGCCGAAGGACUCACGCCCGGUUCUCGUGCGUACGAAAAGUCUCUCUCGACGCCGGGCGAAACCGAACAAAAGAAGUCGGAGCAAAUUGUCAUCAUCUCGUCGGACAACAACAUUUCCGAGGUACCGGCCGACUAUUCCGGCGAUAUCGAUGAGUUCAUUUUCGUGCAAACGUCACCGGAGAACUUUGCCAAGAUGGAAAAGGAGCAAGCUACGGGUGGAGUUGUAACGGAUGAGGACGAUAACAGCAACUUGGUCAUCAUCACGGAGGAACACUACGAUUACGAAAUGACGAGUGACGAUGAUCGUCGAUCCUCUAGCCUGCUGGAGGAUCCUUCACCGCCCGAAGAAAAAGAUCUCGAAGGAUACACGGUCGCACCGUCGUCCGGAGCGACCGGAGCGGAUGGCCAGAAGCGCUUUAUUGUCGGAGGCAGCAGUAGUUCGGAAAGUGAGGAAGAUCCUCAACAGCGGCGCCAUGAUCAUCAAUCCGGUGCGACAUCUAUCGUUAGACGCACGCUGCGAACUAAGACGGUGCCUACGGGUCUGACGAUUACCGAGGAUGAAUCGGUCGUGCUGAAGGACGACCAGCCCAAUGGGACCAGUCCGGCGAUUACUGUUUGCCAGCCAACACCGCCACCGGCGCAGCCACCCUCCAGCAGUACCAGCAACAACUUUUCUAUCCGCACAGGACCGGGAUCGUCGAGCGGAUCAGACGUUGCCCUGCACGAAACUGCGGGCGAGCUGAGCGAUGAUGAUGAAACAGGUAAAGUCGACAUGCACCAGGCUGCAAGUGAUCAUGCCGGUUGCGAUAACCCGGAAACGGAUACUGCUUUCGCUGAGGAAUCGCACCCCGCUUCGUCCACCGUUACCUCCUCGCGAGUAGCGGUAAUCGUAACCCAAGUGUCCAACGAUCUGAUCGACGACGAAAAGCCUCCGCAGGAAGCGGAGGACAUGUUGGUCGAUCUCACUAUGCACGGUGACGGUGGUGAAGGCGAAGCGAGCGAAUCUGACAUCGAUAAUAGUGAUGUUCGUGGAGAUGGUGGUGGUGAUGGCUUUGUACUGGUUCAAAUGGGAUCGGGCCUAGCAGAAGGCAGUACAGAAAUUAAAAACUAUCUUGUUCAGAACAAUGAUCAAAUGGCCGGCAUGGAGCCAAGUGAACCGCCAAUCGAAACCACAGUUCGAACGGAAACCAACACCGUCGUUGAUGAAUCAGACGAUGGAACUAUUCGUACCACGAUCUAUUCCACCACGUUGCAAUUUGAUGGUUCGGAAGACAUGGAAGAACAGUUGUUGAAACAGUUGAGAGAUCAGCAAUUAGCAGAGGAUCAACAGGAACAGUCGCUGAGAGGCCCCACAAUAACAACCACGACUUUCGAUCCGGAUACGGGAGUAGAGACAACGUCCACCUCGACAACUCGAACGACAACGACGACUAAAACAAUCACACUUACGCCGGACGGAGAUUUCCCGGAGGAUGAAAUCCUGCAAAAGAUCACCACCGUCACGACGCACACCUCCCAGCCAAACGUACCGGAGAUGGUGAAGGAAACGACCGUCACCGUCACGGAAAUGGUGGACGGUCGAACGCUGGACGGUGCUGCCAAAGCACUCAACAACAUAGUGGACGAGUUUAUGAACCAGGAGCGUAAAAAUUAAGUGCUUGCGAAAGGUGAUAAUUGCAGGCAGCCGGCAUUAUUCAGCAGCAAUGGAUAAUACAAACAAAGUGUGUGCUCACCGACCCUUCUGCUACUUUGCAGUCAAGUAUUGCGGAGACAACAGUCGGGAAAAAGCAAGCACUUUUUCAACUAGCGCUUACCCAGGUCUAUUGGCGCACAAAUGCAACCACCCUCCGUUGGUGGAUUAGUGUUUACGAACCCCGGUAUCCACAAUAAUGCACACCAGCGCAUCUUUUUCGAUUCACGGAAACAAGGACUUUCCCAGUGCCUGUUCGCGUUUGUCUGGAGUGUCUGGAACGCAAAGACAACGAAAUGCAUGCUAACAAAUAAGGUGUUUGUUCUGUCGCUUGAACGCUACUGAUUCUAAACUAACAGACGUGCAUCGUUUUUUUUUGUGUCCCUGAGCUAUUCAACUCUUUCUCCAAGAAAUAAGAGUUGUAAAAUCGCAAUCAUAUAUACACCGGUCCCGUAAUACUCGCAGCAUUCUGUAUGCUUGCGGGCUUUAGGUUCCGUUUGGGCCAGGAACACGUAAGGUAUCACAGCACAGCAUAAACAUGUUUUUUAAAGCAAGUAUCAAACAGCUCGCGAGCAGCAGGAUUCACACACACAUUACAAGAUUAGUAUAAAUUAUAUUUCUGCUUCGAAAGAUUGUGCCGACAUCGGGUGUAGCAAAACAGGCCAGAUGAAAUCAGAAAAAUGUGGAUGGAAUUAAGCUUAUCGUACAAAAUGUCAUGCAAUAUAUAAGUGAGAUUCACUAUAGAAAAUGUCACCGUCUUUAGGGCCCAGCGUCGGAUAGCUGCAAACAAAACGAGAAAAUGCAAAACCCUCUAGUUAGUUGUGCACACAAAGAUUCAGAACAAAGCGUUACGACCCUAGGACCCGAUGGUUAUUCAUAUACAUAUUUAUCUUAGAUAUAAUGUACACCAGUUUCAACAUAUGAUGCAAAAAACAAACGAAAUGUUUCGCUUUACCACAUGAGAGUAAACAGUUUCACCGACCGCCGUGUGUGCACGCCGCGAUGAAAGGAAAUGUAGAAAUGGAAUGGAGCUACUAGUGUUGGACGCGGAUUGGCAUUUAUGUAAGCAAACAUUUGGAUAAUUGAAAUCAAUGCAAACACUGCAAAUCGUACCAUGAUCUGACGCCAGACUUUAGGAUCCCCUCCAUCAUAGGUUUAAGCCAACUAUUGGAAGCUUCUCGUCGCUCCAUUUAUCAUCGAUCGAUGCUAGUAGCGAAUCGUACAAAGCAACGCAAAUGCCACCUUUUCUCGCUUCGCUUAACACAUCGUUCUCGUCUUGGUAGAGUGCGCUGGCGUGGCGUGGAAGAAAGGAAACGUCUGAUUUAAACAUUUUCAAUAAUUUCUCAGUAGUAUAUACGAAUCGUAUAUUACCGUGUGAGGAGCGAAUAUUAUUGUCUGGUUUUUUUUUCUGCUGCUGUCCACACACUAAUGGUUACUAUAUUUAUUCUGCGUGCUGUCGUAGGUAAUAGCAGUGAUAAUUGUUUGUUUGUUUUCGUUUCGUUUGCGUUCUGUUUGUUUUUCGCUACCACUCAUCUAAUCCCAUUUUGUCAGUGAUUUCAAAUUGAUGAAACAAUGUGGUCAAAGGAUAUAUUUUGUUUUAUCGUAGCUAUUAUUUUAUUUGUAACGAUGUACGAAGUAAGAUUUCUGUUUCGUUGUAUUUUAUGGUCUGUGUUGAUCAGAAUCCAUUGCUUCAUGCGAUGCGUUCUAAACCAUUUGGCAGGUAGUGCUAUGUGCGGAGUGCUAUGUGUGGUUCGUAAAAUGCGGAGCGUAACGAUUAUUUUAAUCCGAUUAAGCUAUUUAUUAAAACGCUGCUACAUAAUAAUCGAUCGAAUGUGUUUGCUUUGAAAUGUUCGCUUGGGUGGUGUAAGAGGCCGAUUGGUAGAGCUGCGCUGGAAGAAAAGCGCGUAAAAUCCGAAACAAACGAGAGCAAACGAAGGUUAAAAUUUAUUGAUAAUGACGAAAAAGGGAAAAAUCAAAACAGAAGAUGAUGGAAGUACGAUACUAUAUUUUUUACUUGUGUAUAGAGUUUAUUUACAAACGAUUGCAGUCAAUGCGCGAACAAAAGCAACAUGAAAAAUAUAUGCUUAACGUAAUAAAUCACUGCACUAGCUAGCUCGUGCGAUCAAACCGCUCUGUGUGCUAAUAAAUAGCUGGCAACCAAUCCAAGCUCUCUAGCGCGCAUGCAUCCCGAUCCCCCCCGGCACCAGAAGGGUAAGAUCGCGUUAGGUCGGAUUUCGGUUCUUCUAGUGUUUGCAAAAUAUCAUUUCAGUGCAGCAAACGCAACCAUAACCUUGUGACCUAAACAUGAUUACAUGGCUCAUGAUUAAGAAAUAUAUUCAAUCGAUCACAGUCUUAGAUCACAUCAAA